GUUUCUUUGUUGAUGAUGUUCUCUUUUUUCGUUUAUCUUACUUGUUGUUCUUAUUUUUCUUAUCCUAAUUAUUGUUAUUGUUAUCAUUAUCACUAUUAUUGUUGUUGUUGUUAUCUCUUCCUCUUCCUCUUCUUUACGUCACUAACACGCCCUCCUUCUGUGCCUCCCUCAGACGAGAUUCAGCCAACCAGCGGAGACCAAGAGGGCGAGGAGUGUGAGGAGGAGGAAGGUGAGGGCGGCAGUCUCUCGCCCACUCAGGACUCCGGCUGCCCCUACCCCCGCCCCUACCCGCGGCACCCCCACCACCCCCACCACGCCCACCAGUUCCCCCCGCCCCACCACUUCCCCCGGCGCGGCGCCCAUCACCCCGGCGGCGGCUACUACUACAGGAACAACUUUGACAAGCGGUUUGAGCGACGCGGCGGCUUCGAGAACAUAAGAAACCUCGAGAACCGCGGCCCCUACAAGCCUACCUUCUACGACAGAACCUACCAGUACGACAACAAGUACUGCUCACGACCCCCCUACGGCAGCGAGCGAGGGGGCUACAAGUUUGGCUACGGGGAGAGGGGACGCCGCCCCUUCAGACCGUACGGACGACCUGGCUUCUUCCCUAAAGGGUUUCCGGGUCACCAGUUCCCCGAUGGAAGGCGAAACACAGGCGUCGAGGAGUACUUCGACCAGGAGGAGGAGGAGGAGGAGUGGGAGGAGAGCGUGGCAGGGGAUGACCAGCAACAGCAGCAGAAUGGGGGGGAGGGGGAGGACAAGCCGUCACAGCCUGUCCACACCGUUAUGAUCAACAAUGAAGAGUACACCAAGAUCCAGACCCCGCGGCAGGAGGUGAUAUUCAAAAAGAGUUCGCUCGACCGCCGCCAGGACUCCCUCGACCAGUCCUCCAUCGCGGGCUCCACCACCUCCGCCAGCGGCUCUUCCAGCACCACCGGGGCCACCGAUGGGAUUCCUGGGGGCGCCGGGGACCAGGCCUCCGGGGACCAGGAGUCUGUGUCCGGCUCCCUGGAGGACAAUUCCCCCUCCGUGGCGGGCGACGACCCCCAGGAGCAGGGCGUCCAGGACCACAUGUUCGAAGACCCAACGGAGCUCUUCGUCAACGAGAGCGGGGGGCCUCCUCUCGCGGGCGUGGUGAUGCAGCAGGCCUACCCCGGGGGCCCUAUGUACACCAUCCCCGUGCACUGGACUCCCUUCAUCGACCCCUCCUUCAUCCCAGGAGAGACGGCGCUCACCCCUCUCGACCCAGCCUUCACGCACGUCAUCGACCCCAAGUCUCUCCCUAUCGAUCCAGUACACAUUCUGCCCGUCCAGCAUGAUGCCGCCGGCUGCCCCGUCCAGGUUCAGGUGAAGGUGGAUUCGAACGGGGUGCCAAUACAGAUCGAACCCAGCGCCUUCACCGUCGCGCUCAACUCCCUGCCGCACCACCACCACGGCGACGGAGAACCACACCCGACGGUACCAACUGACGCGACGACCCCCCACGCGACGGAGGGUCACGCGACGGUACCCGGUGAUGAGGCCACGGCGACGAAGGAGCAGGAGGAGGAGGAGCAGGAGGUGAAGGAGAGUGAGGGAGGAGGAGCAGAUGAGCAAGUAAAGACAUUAGAUGAUAAAGAAGACAAACUGGAGGAUCAAACGGAGACAGAAGAUAGGAUAGAGGAGAAGGAGAAGGAAAAAGAAGAGCAGGAGCUUGAAGAAGAGAAGGAGGAGGAGGAGGAGGAGAUGGAGGUGGAGGAAGAGAAAGAAGUCACCGCCGCCAAUGCAACACAAGACAGACAGCAACAGUCUACCUCAGCUGAAACAAACGCCCAGUCUUCCUCUUGUGACGAAAAGACAGCGACGGGAGAGAGCGCGAGAGCGAGUCCUGGAGUGGUAGAAGAAGCCGAAGAAGCGACGGAGAUAAUCAAAAAGGAAGAAAAGGAGGAGAGCGCAGAGGGUGAAAAGGAGAAUUCCCAAAGGACGGAGGAGGAGCAGGAGGGGCCUAUACCAUCAGGGAGAGCUCAAGAAGAAGCAAGGAAAGAGGAAGAUGAGGAGGAGGAGGAAGAGGAGGAAGAUGAAGAGGAGGAGGAGGAUAUGUUGACCAAGGAAUCUGAGGAAGGCUCCGACUCCAGCGACUCACAGUAUGCCAGCAUGAGUGAGUCGUCCUCCACGCCCACCACGCCCUCAGGAGAACUCACGGACCCCCACGACACGCCCACGGCCGCCCACGUCACCCCUGCCGCCUCCUCUGACCCUGCCAAACAUCCACAGAGCGAGGAGCAGACCAAUACCCAGGGGAGCCAGCAGGAGUCAGCGGGGGUCAGCAGCGCGGGAGAACAAGAGAGCAGCGCCGAGGAGAACAGAGACGCGCAGACGGAGGCGCAGACGAAGGAGGGUGUCGACGGCGGCGCCCCCGAUGCGACGCCGAAGAUAUCGCAGGGCUACGUGAUGGUGCCGAUCCUCACGCCGUACUACGACCCCUCAGUGUUGUAUGGCUACCCGGUGGUCGUGGCCAACCAGCAGCAACAAGUUGUAGUGCCCCCCCAGCAGCAUCCGCAGCCGUCGCCGCCGCCACAGCAGCACCACAACUACAGCAAGAAGAAAAAGAAAAAAUACCAGCGGCGCCGCCCCGCGGACGCCCCGCCUGCUGCGACAUACCUGGACCCACAGCUGUACACGGGGGAGCCCUUCGUAGCAACGCCUGGCGGCUAUGUGGUGCCCCUGGAAGCUGCCGCCUCUGUGUGCCACAUUCAUGGCAUCCAGUAUGUGACACCUGCAUACCACCAACGCCUGCCUGACGAGGGCUUUGUCUCCCUGCAGCACUCCCCUUACCUGCCUGAUGUGGCUGCUGAGCCCCCCACCGCAGAGGUUCAGGCGCCCGAAGGGACCAAUAGUCAGUCAGACGCUGCCAGGACUGUCUUCAGCGACCUCCAGGACACUGAGCGACAGCAGAUUCAGGAAAUACUUCAGGAACACGCCAAAGUGGGCAAGACAGACUCCACUGAGUCCUCAGACUCAGGAGUGUCAGAGUCUGAGGAGGCCGCAGCCACCGAGGCAUCUUCUGAUGAGCUAGAUGCCUGCCAUAACACCUUAGCCACACAGACCACGACUGAGGCGGGGGACGACCCUGACCCUGCCAGGGACACUGCCACCCCAACACUACAGUGCCACGAAGAGGAGGAGAAAGAGGAGGUGCCAUCUGUCCCCAAGGCUGAAGACACCCCAGAACCAUCCAUCCAACACAACGCUGUGACAACCGAGCUAUGCAGUGCUUCCGUACAAGCCGAUGUUGACCUCUUUGUUGCGAAGGAGUCACAAGCCUGCCAAACAGAGCCACCGGUAUCUGAGGACCAAACGCAGUGUGAAGAAGUAGAACUAGCAGAGGAGCACAGUGAAAGCUUAGACCAGGGGCAGGAAGUCACAUGCAGUGAAAACACUAGUGAAGACACUUCAGAACCCAUCACUGCAGACACAGAGAGCAGAGAUCAUCAAACACAAGAGGUGCCAGCCACCCUCACUUCUGUUGCUGAGGAGAAAGAAGACAUCAUCAUCGAGGAAUGUAAUGGCAACACACCAGCAGCAGAAGUGAAUGAAGAAGACAAAAGCUACGAGCUAGAGAUUGUAGGUGAAUGUGAGGCCAGUGCUACAAGUGAGGUUGAAGCCAGUGGUGUCAGUGAGUGUGAAGUCAGUGGUGUAAAUGAAUGUGAAGCUGUUGUAGUUGAGUUUUCAGCCGAGACGGCCAUCAAGGAAGGUGACAUAAACACACUUGCUCAAGAGGCUGAGGAGACCCUCGUCGAUACUUCAGUUGUAGACGCAGCUGUUGAUAAUCAAAACUUUUUAUCUCCUCCAGACAUAAAUGGUGAAAGUUACAAUGAACUAACUCCAAGUCCUUCCAAUGAAAGCUUCGAUUCUUCAAGCACUCUCGCUGAAAAUGUAUCUUGCCAGAGUGAAGGUGUCGUAUUAGAAGAAAAUGCUGAUACACACACAAAUUUUAACAGUGAGAUAAAUGACAUUGAGGAAAUUAAUUUAUGUAAGGAAAACUAUGAUGCAAGAGAUGAUAAUAUAACAAGAGGAAGGAUAAAGGACCUAAAAGUAACAGAAGCUGUAACAAGGUGGAUCAGGGAAGUCACUCCAGAGAAAGCAUUUACACUCUCUGAGGAGAUUCAGUCUCGCUUGCUUGCAGAUAAAGAGUCUGUCGGGGAAAUGGACACCGAGGACGAAUACAUUGAGGAUGAAAUCACUGCCGACACAAAACCCAUCACUGUUCUGGAGUCAAAAAACGUGAAAGGCAACCCUUUCGUUGCACCAUCCAGUGAAUUCCCAGUCAUGGGGGUGGAUGGCUGCAGCAAAAGGGUUGCGUUGAUGAACAAGUUCCGCGGAACUACUCCUGAUACUUUUGAUGACUAUGAUGGCUCUAGCACCAUCAGCAACCUUAGUGUAGGUCACUUGUACUCAGAGGCAUCAAGCUGCCUUGCCUCUGCCAACCAAAGCUUUGAUGAAGAAGCAGAAAAAUAUGCAGAAAACCCAGAGAUGUAUGACCCUUCUGCAUAUGCCAAGUAUUACCAGUUAGGUAUAGAUGUGGAUGAGAUUACACCCACUGCAACACCCCCUCUGGUAGGGAGGGGCUCUUGUGGAGCCACACCUCUUGGUCUCAUUGACAGUGAGACUAUUAGUGAAUGUGGGUCAGAAGAAAUAGAUUCUGUGCCCCACAAGUAUGAUGUGACUCAGCAGUACACAGAAACAUCUCCUUUGUCCCUGGCGACAGAGAUCCUUAAGGCAGAGAAGGUAAUAAACAACAUGACCCACAUAGCUGGAGACAAAGACUCCCUGGCAGCCGCCAAGCAAAAGUAUGGCAAUCCAGAUUUGUAUUUGAAGCACUACGAUGCAAUCUCACGCAGUGAAGUGAGUGACAGCGGAGUGCAAUCAGAGGACAGCAGCGACGAGACGGAGGGACGUAGCAUCGUCAGCAGCAGCGGUGUUGGGUCAUCACUGGCCUCCACCCCAGCAGUGUCGCCUGCCCACCACCUCACAGGCAGGCCGCCUCUCCAGCCACACCCUCUGAAGAAUUUGUCUGUUGGAGAAGGUCCAGUACCCUGCAAGACAGUGUGCUGUGCUGUCAUGUGAGCAUGCCACCCAUGUAAAAUGGGUUUUGCUCCUCUUUGUUAACCCUGUGGCGUGGAAGGCAGGCAAAGGGGGCAUCUCCCUCUGCCCCCGCCCGCUCGUGCCUUACAGGGAGACUUCUGGGUGGGGGACUGCCCAGACACCAAGGGUACAACGCUUACACUGCUGUGAACGGUGGCCUCAGCGGCCACAUGCUCACCUGUUAUUUUUAAAGUUUGGCUGAUAUAAAAAUAAUUCAGUCAGUAUGUGUGUAUGUUGGAUGCAGUAUGAGUAGUGAGUCAGAGCAGGUUGCUGUAGGAUAGUGUCCUUGAAUUCCUCAAGAACUGUGCUUUUGGUGCUAAGGUCAAUGAGCCCAAAAAGGCACAUGGCCUCACUUGGGCUGCACUGCAUUGAUAUCUUGGGCCUUGCAAGGUCUCUCCCACCCACAUAGAAGCUUAUGCAUCUUUACCAGGUGUAGGAGGCUCCACGUCUUAGUGGGUAGUUGUUGCCCUGUCAGGCUUGGGGAUCAAAGUCCAACAAAGUCACAUCACCCAGAGUUGCUUCAUUCUCAUGCAAUGUCAUUGUGAUAGGCAUAGUAAACCCUAUAGAUAGCUGUUAUUUAUUUUUAGACACGUGAUGUUUUAGUCUUAAUGUAGAGAUGUUAUACCCUUGUGCAUUUACAUGUCAUUUGGGUAGUGUUUAUGAUAGGUAGCAAUGCUGGCUGCAGAGAGGAGCAUAGGUGGGCCCGGUGCCUCAUAGGGUAGCCAGGGCUGGAGAGCACACCUCCAUUAAAUUGCAUUACUUGAUUGGAAGUCGGACAAUCUCCAUUUUCUGUAAACUGACAUGAAAACAAUUGGCACGUGACACUUUGAUGCCAGUUUUCUUUGAAGGUAAAAUCUGCUGUGUGUUUUCCAGGCUUGAAUACUUAGUAUCCUACAAUUUUGUUGAAAAAGCUGUAUGUUGUAGAGACAGCUCUCCUCAUUACUAGGUAGAUGCCUCUUUUGUUGCAACUGUUGGAUGUCAAUGGAGACUCAUUGCUGCAUCAAUCUGAUUUGCAUAGUACAGCGCAUAGUUGGUAAAUGCAUGUCAUUUCAUCUGUUACAGUUAUGAUUUUAAGGGUAAUGCUGCAACUAAUGUUCUCCCACCAAAUAUAGAAAAGAUGAAAAUGCUUGAUUGUUACACAUCGAACUGUAAGAAAUGGUUGUUCUUGGAUGAUACAGAGAGUUUGAGUUGUUGUUUGUUAUAGCUUAUAUACAAUGGAACUGAAGUUCACCUAUUUUUGCUGAUGCCUGUUUCAAGGUUUUUACCUCUUGUUGUAUAAUGAAAGAUUUGCUGACCAAUGCACUCUCUUUUGCAUAUCUUCAGCCUUUGUGAGCAAUGGAUCAUGAUCCUAAUGCCUCUGUGACUUAAAAAGACUGUGGCAGCUUAACUGAAGUACCUUGGCUGUGUUAAAAAUGUUAUUUCAUAAUUACAGAUAAUAAUUUCUAUUAUUUUCAAAUAUAAUUCAGAGACCAACAAUAUCACUUUCAAUUUCCACUGUUGCCAUAUUCCAUAGUAAAGACUGGCUGCACCCUAUAUGGUUAAAUGCCAAGGCUGUUGGAUUGUUGUUUUCUUUUUUGUAAAUAUAGAAUCAAUAAAAUUUGUUGUAAUUAAA